AGGCAAACUCUCUAAGCGGGACACUGGAAACACUCCUCCCUUUGCAAGAGCUGGUUCUCCUCCCCCCAGCGACGGGCGAAGGGGGCCCAGGUUUGCUGGGCGGGAGGAAGAGAGAAGGGAUACCGGGAUCAGUCCAGUCAGACUUCGGACUCGCAAAAUAAGGAGUGCACCUCUCUGGGACUGGGCGGAGGGCUCCCUGCAAGAGGUCAGGCAUCCUAGCACCUCGCGGGACUCCCCACUGGCACUGUCGCCGCUAGAGCCUAGCUCUAACAGAUGAGAUUUGGCCAAGUCCUUCUGGUGCUUGGUCUACACCUUCAGGGAGGAGACACCUGCUGAGUGAUUGAUUGAUGGGCCACACCUCCCACUAGGGCUCCAGUCUCCUCCUUCUCCUUCCUUUCCCCCCUCUUAAUCCUGGGCGUCCUGGGCCACCAGGCCAGUUCGGAAUUCUCCGGGACAAGCGGAGAGAAGGACCUUCUCUGUGCCCCAGAGAAUAAGAGGCACCUGGUGUGACUGCUGUUACAGCCUUGAAAGAAGCAAGGAUGGCGCCUGCAGCAACUUCGGGAGGUGGCUCCCUGCCCAGCGGAUUCUCGGUUCUGGCCUCCUUCCCAGACCUGCUUUUCAUUUUUGAAUUUAUAUUUGGAGGCUUGGUCUGGAUUCUGGUGGCAUCUUCCAGAGUACCAUUCCCGAUGGUUCAGGGCUGGGUCAUGUUUGUGUCUGUGUUCUGCUUCGUGGCUACAACCAUCCUGCUUUUCCUCUACUUUGCUGGAGCUCAUGGUGGAGAUGCAUCCUGGAUACCCUUGGAUGUGUCCUAUCACUUGAUUGCAGCUCUCUUUUACCUGAGCGCUUCAGUACUAGAAGCCUAUGCCACAAUUCUUUCAAAGGACCAUGUCAUAACUGGAUUUAAUGAAACCUUUAAACAUUACCAAGAAAACAUCUCUGCAGUGGUGUUUGCCUACGCUGCUACUCUGACAUACGUGAUCCAUGCAGUAUUCUCUCUAAUCAGAUGGAAGUCGUCAUAAAGUCCUGUGGAAGUUUACCAAAAAAUCCAGAAGGUGUUAACUGAUUGGCCAGCCUCCCGGGUAGCUUUUUAGAAGUCAGGGAUGCCCACAUGGAUCUCUGCACUCUUGUUCAAAGUGGGGGGUUAGGGUGAAAACCUAUCUGUUUCUUGUUGGUGUUUAUCUUUCCUGUCUCAUAUAACUAACUGCAUAUGGGGAGUUGGGGGCUUGCUGCGUUUACUCCCAAAUAUUGACUGCUUUUUCUCAUCAUUAUUUCCUUUUUACGAGGGGCUGAACUCUGGGAGAAGGUAGAUGGCAAAAUGAGACUCCUCAGAUCCCUUUGCUGGGUCCCAUUUCCCCAUGGCCACUUUCCAUCUCAGUCACUCUCACAUGCACAGUUUUAGGUCCUUGGGACAUCUUGCGUGUUCUAGGGAUUAAGUUCUCCCAACAGACUCUUUCUGGAACCAACAGAAGAUGAUGCAUCAGCCACAGAAGGGGAUUUAAGCCAGGAAACAACAUAGGUGUCGGGUGGCCACGCAAGACAUACCAAGGAUACAGCCCCUACAUGCUUUUGUUUCUUUUCUUUAUAAAUUGUUUUCAUACCAAUUUUCUUAUGAAAUUCUCCAACCUCAGCCAAGACUUCUAACUAUAGUUUACAUGAAAUCCCUUGGUUAUAAUUGAAUGGUGCCUCCCUCAACCCAGUAAAGUUCAAGUAACAAAUAUGUAUAUUGGUGUGCCUCUUGGAGGAGUAGGAUUCUGGAUCAUUUUUCAUCUUGUCCCAGCUGAGCAUCUCCACAGAAUGGUAUUAGCUUUUGUCUGAUAACAGUCUGUCUUUUCAAGUGUUUUUUUUUUAAUUUGCCAAUAUCACUCUUCUAUUUCCUCUGUGACUUUCAAAAUGCCACCACUAUCUUAUCAGUCAGUCAGUCAACAAAUCUUUAUGGAGUGGCCUCUGCAGGCCUCCCCACUGUUGGCAGUCAUCUUUACAUGGUUGCAGAGUCUACACAACAGCUACUUUACUACAAGGCAAAAUAAAUUUUGCUGUCUUACCAAAGUAUCCUUUAAACCAGGAAGAAGUUAUCCCAGAUGGGUUAUUUUGAUUGCUUGUAAAAAAAAUCCACUCAAAAACUGUCUUUAUAGAGUGGGCCAUGUAUUUUGUUCAGUAAAUUUUCAAAUAUCAGUGACAACAAUAAACUCUAUUUUCAACA